AUGGCUGUGGCUGCGAGUGGGAGAGCAAGGCCGGCGCCCUUCUGCCUGCUGGCCGCGGCCACGGCUUCGCUGCUCGUCGCGGCGGCGGCGGAGGCCGGCGCGCGGUCCGGCGCCAGCGAGUGCACGUCGGCGCUGGUGAGCCUGUCCCCGUGCGUCAACGACAUCAGCGGCGACGACACGAUGGUGAUGAGCCGGUGCUGCUCGCAGCUCAUGUCCGUGGCGCGGUCAAAGCCGCAGUGCCUCUGCGCCGCGCUCGGCCUCCCCGCGGCGUGCAACGUCGAGGCCCAGCGCGCCAGCGAGUGCAACGGCUGA